CCAUUUUUUUAAAUUUAUUUUAAAUUGUUCCCUUUCAUAGUUCGAACUUCGAACCCUAAUUCCGGCCACAGUCACCGCAGUCGGCAGCUUGUCGCCGGUGCCGCCUCCGCCUUCGCUAUCGAUCCCUCAGAAAUACUUUCCUUUUGGUGUUUGAGAAGGUCGAAUUCUCAUGGAUCCAUCAUAUUUGGGCACUUGGUUAUGGAGAAGUGUAUUCUGAGAAUCAAGCUAAAAGCUCCUGGGAAUCCAUUAACAAUCAAUAGUCCUCUUGAUAUCGGCAAUGCCACGUUAAUUGUUAAGGACACUGCAGUCACUGAGAUAACUUCAUCUUCUGAAGAAUAUAUUCCUCAAAGUAACAGGAAAAACAUGAAAAGGAAGCGUGGUCACAAAACAUAUCAGAGGAAAGGGAAACAGGCUAAAUUGACCAAAGAUCUAUCUUCCGACCUGGUGUCUUCUGACACAAAAGAUAACUUAAAUUUAGAACCUUCUGAUGAUAACCAGCAUGGUUCUGAAGUUAAGCCUGAACCCCAUAAUGGAUCUAAUACACCCAGUGUUAUGUCAAAUACUGAUACUGAGGCACCUAUUGGUAGAAUAUCUGAUAAAAAGGGCCAUCCUCGAGUUAAAGUAAAACUGAAGUCUGCAAGAGUAUCUGAGCCUUAUAAAAGUGGUUCAGAUGCACAAACACCAAGUGAAACAGAGAAGAGCAAUCCACAAGUUGCUCCAAGUGUGGUUGAAUCUGCUGCUGAAAAGGAGGAGAGUACUUUCUCGGAUGGGCAGACAUCAGAUAUGAACAAUACAAUUUCUGAUAAAUUAUGUAAAAAAAAAGGAAGCAUUAAGAUAAAAUCUUCACUUGGUUUAGGUUUUCCAAGUGAGAUUAAGCAAGACAGAAAUCCUAGUAAGCUUGUCAUUUCUUCAGAGCUGCCGAGCAAGAAAAAAUCAGUUGUUGCAGAAACUGCAAGAACAGUGGAUACCUCUGUCCCUAGGAACAAGAUACAAAGAGAAAGAACACUUCCUUCUAAUGACCCUCGUUACAGUGAAAAAGAGUUGAAUGCUGCCUUGGUUGUGAUAAAGAAAGUAAUGAAAAUGGAAGCAGCUGAUCCCUUUAACACUCCAGUGGAUCCGGUUGCUUUGGGAAUACCUGAUUAUUUUGAUAUAAUUGACACUCCUAUGGAUUUUGGCACAAUAGUCCAAAACCUUGAGAGUAGAUUCAAGUACCUGAACUCUGAGGGCGUUUUCAAGGAUGUACAAUAUAUCUGGGAUAAUUGUUACAAAUACAACAACAAGGGUGAUUAUGUUGUUGACCUUAUGAAACGAGUGAAAAAGAAUUUCAUGAAGUACUGGCUGGCUUCUGGUUUAUAUUCUGAUAUUUCUGGAAUAGUUGAUGAAACUCAAACUGAGGAUAUUUCACGAUCAGGUCAGGACAAGCAGUAUUCAAAAAGCAAAUCAAAGCAUAAACGCAGGCGUUAUGGGAUCGAUCAGCACAAAAGUGAUUGCCUUUGUGCUGUGUGUGCUGUUAGGCGACGCAGAAAGGAGAGAGAAGAAAAUUCAAUAGCUGUUGAGAAUCAAGCAGAAACAAGUGAUCAUAAUAUGUCACGAGAGUUAAAGAUAGAGUUUGCAACGCAGGAGAGCUCUGCUCAAGAUAUUCCUUGUAGUGAGGAUGCAACCUCUAGUAUGGACCGCUUGCCUGAGAUUGAUACAAAUGCAAAUGGAGAAGAUGACAAUGAAGAAAAAUUUGCUACACCUAGCCGAGUGAACUCUGCCCAGAUGGAGAAGCAGGAAAUGGAUAUUGAAUUGGGGUUUGAGCAAAAUGAUAGUGGUGGGAAUAAUCAAUCAUCACAGCAUUCUUUUGAGAAUGGAAGAAAGAAUUCUAAAUCAGAAUUCCAGGGACAAUUUAGAGAAGUCAUGCAACCCGGAGAGCAGAAAGAUGAUACAACUCUCAACGUUGAAGCAUCAUACCACUAUUCACAUAUGAACCAAAAUCAAGAGGAAUCACAUGGACAGGAUCAUCUCACUAAGACGCAAAAAUUCCCUCAAUUACAAGAGAACAAAUUGAUGUUGCAAUUGUGCAAAAGCCUUUUCCCAAGUGAUCGCAGGUCCGUGUGGAAUGGCCCUCAUUCUUUGAAUCGAGGAAGUCUUUCCUUUAGGAACAGCGCCAUCCAUGAUGCACUCGAAAGUUUGAUGAAGUAAAUAUUUCCUUUUGCUCAUUGUUCAUGACCAUGUCUAGAGGUCAAAUCCUAGUGUAUGUAUCAUGUCUGCCGAGGUAUCAUUGGUAGAACUGAUUCGAGAAUUUGAUAUUUGUACAUACCUUUCAUUUGAUUUGUAGACAAUUUAUGCUCAAGAUUGUCACAGGAGCUUAUUCUCAAUUCAUACUCAAGAUUGCCACUAGAGCUUAUUCUCAAUGUAUACUGAGGUAGAUUGGAAAAGAACUUCCUAUUAAGGGUGCACAAUAUGAUUGUCUUCA